AUGUCGAGCCGCUCCGACGAUUUGCUGGAUUCGCAUUUUAACUACGAGCCGAGCCGUGUAGGCGCCGAGGCGAGAGGCGUAACAGAGUCUUCCGAGGCGUCUAUCUCGCCGAGCCCUUCCAACCGUUCACCUGAGAGUGACGAGGCGUCGAAUCAUACAAACCCGCCAGACGCUAGCUCUCCAGAUGACGAGCUGUUGGUUUUGACGAGCCGCCCUCAGGAUCCCGCUCUAGACGAAGAUGUCAAUCAUGCCGCAGUGAAACCCGAGGUGGAAGCUUUUCCCUUUGAUCUGCUCGAGGCGAAGCGUGAACUAGAAUGUCUCAUGGCGUCCCGAGGCGCUUCUUCAUCUGGGCGAGGGAAAAGAGUGAAAAGACAAAAACUUGACCCGCCCGGCUCUACGCUCUCCUCUCCUGACUCACUCGAGGCAUUGAGAUGUCGCUUCGGGAUAUCCGAGGUGGUAGAAUUUGUCCUUCCAGAGAAGGACGACCGAGCCGACAAACCUGCUGAGAAUCACUUUACUCUGUACGAGGCGUUCUUUGAGCUUUGUUUUCUUUGGUUCCCGAUCCCCGGAGUUAUCCUCGAGUACCUCUGGAAACAUGGGACCUCAAUUGGGCAGAUCAUGCCGAGGGGUCUGCGGCACAUGAUCGGUAUUUUGGUUCGGAGCUUCGAAUGCGAGGUCGAUAUUGAGCUGAAUCACCUGCUGAACUUGCUGGAAAUCAGGAAAGCUCUGAAGGGAGAUAGAUUCUACAUUUCCAACAAGUCCAACCGCCGGAUUAUAGGUGGCUUUCCAAGCAAGGAUCAGUUCUGGACCGAGCGCUUUUUCUACGUCUUGGUGAACGAGGCGUCAGUUGGCGAGGACUACGUUCAUAGAACCAAAACUGCUUGGGGACCACUUGGUAGCCGAUCUGAAGCUUUGCCUCGGCUUGAAACUAUUCGUUGUAUAUACUUUUCUUACCGAGCUGAUUGUUCCCGUGUUGUUUUUGCAGUUCGGAACAUUCUUCCCCCGAUUCCCGACGACCUCUUUAUCGUUAGAGACUCCCUUUUGGCCCAGAAGGUUAAUUGGAGGAAGAAUUUCACCCUCGAGAGAGUAGAAAAGGCGCGAGCUAUUCUUGCCGGAGUCCCUGUCAGCUCUUCAUCUUCCAGCUCCUCAAGAGAUACCAGAGAAAAAAUGGUGAUAAUCACUCUAAGAGAUAAGAAGAGGCGUGAAGAGGAAGAAGCCGCGAGACGAGCCGCCGAGGCGGCUCAAACAGAGACCGAGGCGAUUCCUCAGACCGAUCUGCCGAGCCGUGAAGAUGCGGCGCCCGAUGUGGAACCGGGCGAUUUUAUUCCCGAGGCGUCCAAGGAUGACUCGGCGGCGCGGAGUAAAACUCCUUCGAACUUCGCUAUCCUGGCCCUCCCGAAGUCAUCGAGGCCACCGACUUCGGUUGUACAGAAACACGACCCUAGCCAAAAACGUUCGGCCGCUGACAAGGGGAAAGGUGUUGCUAUUCAAAAGGACGAGCCGUCCAAGAAGAAGCGCAAGCCGACACCCGGAGAUUCCGCUACGCGCAAACUGGUCGUCGACGACCCUGACGCCUCGGCAGUGAUGUUCGCGCGCGUUAAUAACGCAAACACUCAUCUUCCUCCUCCGGAGAAGCUGAGGAGGCCGAGGUCGUACGGCGCGAUGGCACAGUGCGGUACCAAGUUUGUAGCGGCCAUCAACGAGCUGAUGGCUGAAUACGAGACGGACCUGUCUAAGGUUGAACGUCGUCUGGACAAUCUCGGAACGAGACUGCAGCGGCGAAGGGGAAGCUGGACGAGGCUGGAAGAGGAGAAGAUAGUUCUCCGCGCCGAUAUUGACAAGGUCUCUGCCUCGGUCAUUCAUCUGGAGGAGGCAAGGAGAGCUAAAAGCGCCGAGGUGGCGUUGCUCAAAAGGCGUAUCGAGGCCAAGGAUGCUCUGUUCAACGCCAAGGUAGAGGAAGGUUUGGCCAAGCUCGAGAAGGCCAGAACCGAUGAGAAUGAGCUGGGGCAAAUCAAGGGCAACCUUGCGAUGAUUGCCGUCCUGAAGAAACCGGACGCCCUAACGCUCGAUGAUGAGGAGGCGCAGCUAAAGAGCUGGGAGAGUGAGUACGCCGACGACGAUGCGUAUGAACGCAUUGCCUCCGAGAUUCGAGGUGAGCUGGUUUUCUCGCCCGUAUCGCUGGACUCGGUCGACACCAGCCUUGGUAACGAGCCACUCAAAGAGACAGCGGCCAACUUGGGCGUCGUAGAUCCGACCGGAUCGAAUGCGGGUACGCCGGCCCUCUCGAACCUCCUUGCCGAGCGUGAACGCAGUCCGCGGCCUCAUACUCUCUGCUUUCCCUUACCUUUCGUCGCAAAUGUUUUUGUACUUAGGCUUUUUGGGUGA